UUAUUGGGAAGGCGGAAGGUUUGAAAAGCCGGGACUUGUGACUGUUGAUAUUCCUGCACCGAGGCUGUAAGUUUGACCCUCUCCUGAGAGAAACGCAAACCUGGACUCGAGCCUAUCCUGUCUUGAAGCAGAAUUGUAAUCUGGUUAAUUGACUCCUUCCUUCAGAUUUCUUUUCAUUCUACUCAAGGCUUUGCUUUUAAGUCCAGGCUCGGAGGAAAAGGUCAAGCCGCUUGGAGCACGUGUGAUUUCACCUUCAGGCGGAUCUGUGUGUGAUUCAUCCGUUGGAACUGGGAUCCAGUUUCAGAGGCCAUGUCUGCAGAAUUCAUUUCAUCAGCAGGAGAGGAGGAAUGCCCCAGCUCCGGACCCAGUUUUAGAUCCAGUCGGAGGAAGAUAUUAAACCUGCUCCUGGAGAGAGACACUUCCUUUACCACCUGUCCAGAUCUCCCUAGAACUCCGGUGAACAAACUCUUUGGUGAUUCUGCAAACCUAAGCGUUUUGUCUGGAGGUACCCCGAAAUGUUGCCUUGAUCUUUCGAAUCUUAGCGGUGGUGGAGAGAUGUCUGCCAGUCAGCUUACUACUUCUGCAGACCUUGAUGAAACUGGUCACUUGGAUUCUAAAGAACCUCGGGAAAUACAUUUAACUGAGAUGAAUCAUCAGCAGCACCUUACAAAAUGCGGCCCAGCACAGCUGCUUUGUAGCACUCCAAGUGCUUUGGACCAUGGCAACAGGAAGAAAGAUGCAAUAUGUAGCUCAUCCACAAAUAAAGAAAAUGAGAACAACACUUUGAAGUCCUCAGAGUGGUGGGCACCCAGGAGCCUGAAGUUUCAAACGAGACAAGGGGGGCCUUACAUGUCUCCCCUUUCUCUACUGGACAAUGGAAACUUUUUGGAAAGUGAAAUGAAAUAUCUGGGCAGUCCCAUUACUACAUUUCCAAAAUUGGAUAAAAAUCCAGAGCUAGAAGAUCAGGCAGAGGAGACUUCUGAUGAAUUGAUGGAGUUUUCUCUGGAAGAUCAAGAAGAGGGCAAGGCAUCUCUGAACAGAAGCUCCUUGUAUCGCUCCCCUUCGUUGCCAGAGAAUUUGAACAGGCCAAGACUGAAGCGGGUGGUAAAAUUCAAGAACAACCCAAUACCAGAUAAAGAAAAAAAGGAGUAUUGUUCUAACCAAAAAGAGCUCAGGAAGUGGGGGGAUUCUUGUCAUCCUCAGGGCUUAGGUCUAAAGAAGACAGUUUCUCUCUGUGACAUUAAUGUCAUUCAGAUGCUGGAGGAAGAUUCUAACCAGGGCUCUCUGAUUGGUGAUUUCUCCAAGGUAUAUGCGCUGCCAACCGUGUCAGGGAGACACCAAGAUCUGAAGUACGUCAGCCCAGAAACAGUGGCUGCCUUGCUAUCAGGGAAGUUCCAGAGCUUGAUUGAGAAGUUUUAUAUCAUCGAUUGCCGCUAUCCAUAUGAGUACCUGGGAGGACACAUCCGGGAAGCCUUAAACUUGUACAGUCAGGAAGAACUGUAUAACUUCUUUCUGAAGAAGCCCAUUGUCCCUCUCAACACCCAGAAAAGAAUAAUCAUCGUGUUCCACUGUGAAUUCUCCUCAGAGAGGGGUCCCCGAAUGUGCCGCUCUCUGAGACAAGAGGACAGGGCUCUGAAUCAGUAUCCUGCAUUGUACUACCCAGAACUAUAUAUCCUCAAGGGGGGCUACAGAGACUUCUUUCCAGAAUAUACGGAGCUGUGCGAGCCACAGAGCUACUGUCCUAUGCAUCAUCAAGACCAUAAGGCUGAGCUGCUGAGGUGUCGAAGCCAAAGCAAAGCAUGGGAAGGAGAGCGGCAGCUGCAGGAGCAGAUUGCCUUACUGGUGAAGGAUGUGAGCCCAUGAUAGUGGGUCAGUGAUUGGCUGUCUAGGAGUCACCAAAAGACACAGUAGAAACGCUGAGCAGAAAGAAGCCAUGUUGUAUAUGACUAAACCCAGGAUUGUUAGAAGAUGUUUGCAAGCCAACAAGCUGCCAAGCUAAUAAAAUUCCAGGCCUGGGGGUUGGUUUUAGCAGAGCUGCGGGGUGGUGACUGAGUCCUGGAGCUGGCUCUAGAAGGGUGUGGCCUUGAGUUACAUGGAGAUUUGUGUUGCUUCAGGAAGUGUUUGCAUUCUCUUUCCAUUUAGACACGUCCUCUCACAAGCCGGCCAGCUCUUUCCCUGGGUUUCUGCCUGUUGCAACAGAGUUGUCCAACUUUUUUCUCUGUACUUGCCUUCUGUGUUUCCUUCUCUCCCUUUUUCUUAAAUGGGAAAAUAAACACUGCAGAAU